AUGGGACACUGCUAUGCGUCAUUCACCUUUCAGCCCUUGGCAUGGCUGCGCUUAGCACUCAUCUGGACUUCCCUGCCUAUGAAACCAGCCCGACCACUGGUUUGGGAGACGAAGCCUUUCACAGCCACCUGGAGAACGACAGACCUGUUCUCUCUGAGGUACGACAUCAUAGUGAACCUCAAAAUGUUCCAUAUGAUUGGAACUGUUAAAGCAAGAGGGAAGAAUGUGACCAUAUUUUUAAAUAGGGUAGGCUAUUAUCCUUGGUGCACAUCACAGGAAGUCUCUGUUAAUGGUGGCCUACCCUAGAACUUCAGUCUGCAAACUCAUCUGGAAAAAACUGGCCGUGACUAUUACACCCCAGCUAAGGAGUUCAGUGGAUUAGCUGUCAUAGACCAGGGGCACUGGAGGCCUCAGUGGGCACGCAGCUGGGAUGCAAAAGAUCUCUAUGGAAGAAAGUCCAGGAAACACAUAACUGAAACGGAAGGGAAUAUUUCAGCAAAUUAUGUUGAACAUUUAGCCAGAGUUUCCUUUGAAGAAAGUGCAAGAGCUUUUAUGAAGUAAACAAUUGCAUUAGGAAUGAAAAGCAGACCAAAGGGACUCCGGGGAUACUAUUUAUAGCCCAACUGUCAUAAUUACAAUUUCUGUGAUUGGAACUACACUGAUUCCUGCCAGAGUGAAGUUCUGAGGAACAAUUAACUUUCCUGGCUCUGGGAUAUCCAUGCAGCCCUGUAUCCUUCCAUUGGCAUUAAGAAACUCCUUGGAAACAGUCAAAAGCAUUUGCCCGGAUUUGUGUGUACUUGACUAGGUUAUAGAGAUGAACCUUUACUAUUUCUCUCUCUGCAAGAUCUUAUUAACACUAUUGGAGGGAGUGCCCUGGGAGCUGCAGGCAUUGUUAUGUGGCGAGAUACAAAUUUAAUUUUUUCAGAGGAAAAAAUGGAGUGGUUAGUUUCACGUCAGCUAGAAUUUCUUUUCUACCAUUCACAAAACAAAGUGCAAAAAUUGGCUGAUUAUUCUGAAUUAGGGCCCUACAUUAUCAAUAUUGCAGCAGCAGCUGGGGUGCGCAGCAGGCAUCUUUGUCAGGACAGUGGAUGACUUGUGUGAAGAACCUGGAGAGCCUUGACAUAUCUACAUUUGAAUCCUAAGAGCUUGGAUGCCUCAGAGGACCAAGGAUUUAUUGUGAGAGGAGAAGCAUAAAAUGAAGAUCUGGAAAUAAUGGCAGAGACAUUUAUCUGCCACUGUUAUCAGGGUUAUGAAGGAACGGACUGUGAGGAACUUAAAGUUGCCGAUGGCCAUCCAGGGAGCUCUGCAGACUCUGUCUCACCCAGAAAUUUGCAUUGA